UUUUAUUUUACCUACUGAUAAGAAAACAUAAAGUUUGUACAACUUUUCAAAACAUAUUAAGCUAGUUUAUCAAAGGCUUUUGUGAAACUUGCAGCAUAAAUAGUCAACAAAUAUCCAUAAAAUGAUCAAAAGUUAAGCAUAAAAUCUGCAAAAUCUACCAAAAUAAAAAAUCAGAAUUCUCAAACAAUGGAAAUAGAAAUCGAAGAAAAAAGUCCAGUGACUCGUCAGGCUGAAUAUUUCAUGAAUCUUGAUGAUCUUCAAGCCACAGCACUAUCAAUCAACUACACUGGCCAGUAUCUCCUUCUUGCUGGACGACGACAUUUAGCACUCAAGAAUUUAGACAACUACGCAGAACCUUUACAGCUGUUCAAUCGCAACAGCAAGUUUGAAGUGUCUUGUGCUGAAUUUGCCAUCUGCAAUCAGUCAUCAGCAUUUUGUGCCAUCGCAACAUCUCAGUUAAUUGAGGUCCUUAAAUGGACAGAAGCUAGUCCAGUUCUUGAAUAUUCAUUGAGAGCACAUACGAGGGUAGUUACGGACAUAGAUUGGCAUAGUAAACAUCCAUACAUGCUAGCUACAUGCAGUAUAGACACUUAUACUCAUUUGUGGGACUUGAGGGAUCCAAAGAGACCAAUUUUGUCAUUGUCAGCUGUCUGUAUGUCUGGAGCUACUCAGGCUGGAUUCUCAAGGGCUAGUGGAAAUUUCAUAGCAACAGCACACGACGGUGACCUCCGAAUCUGGGACAUCAGGAAAGGAUCCCGUCCAGUUCAAUACAUAACAGCUCAUCUCAACCGCAUUCAUGGCAUCAACUGGAGCCACACAGAGGAGAGCAACCUUAUCACAGCUUCACAAGAUGGAAGUGUCAAGUUCUUUGACAUCAACAAUCCAAGAAGAGCUGAACGGAUCAUUACAACAUCAACUCCAUCGCCUGUCUGGAGAGCUAGAUAUACUCCUCCAUCCUUUAAAGACGGCUUGAUAACAAUCAUUGUCCCAUUAGUCAGUUCUGAAGGCGGUGAGAACUCACUGCUUCUUUGGAGCAACUCAAAAAAUAGCCAAAGUCCUGUCUGUUCAUUUACUGGACACAAAGAUGUCAUCCUUGACUUUGCAUACCGAAAUGAUCCAAAUUCAAUGUCAGACGAGUUAGAAAUUUGUACAUGGAGUCGUGAUCAGACAUUUAGAGUCUGGAAGCUUGACAAAGCACUGCAAGACUUAUGCUCCCAAAAUACAAUUGAGACUGAGAGUGCUGUGAUUGCUUUGGAAUAUCAUCAGAAUCAGAAGAAUGUGCCACAGCCGAGUUGCUCGUUGCUGCAUGAAUUUACAAUUUGUUCUAUUAAGAGUGUUCCAGGAGUCCAAAAGUUUGAGUACGACAUUGAAAAACGCAACGCGAUGGCCAGAGUAUCAGCAAAUGGCUUCAUUAUCAUCCUCCAAGUAAUCUUUCCAUCGGCAUAUCCAACUCCAGCUCAUCCAGUUUUUGAAUUCUGUCCAGGAACGACAAUUGAUGAGAACUUAUCUCUCAAGUUGAUGAAGGUCCUUAAGGAAACAGCAGCAUCGAGGUUGAAGAAAGGAAAAGCUUGUCUUGAUAGUUGCCUACGUGCACUUGUGUCUGAGUUUAAGAAGGAAACGGGAGGAGAUAAAGCUCAUUACUUGAGGCUACAAUCACCAAGACUUGAAGGUGCGCUGUCUAAAGCCUUGUCAGACUCGAUGAUUCCAUUCCCAAAGACAUCCGGUGUCAAAUUCAAUCCAACUGGAAUUUUAGUGACAUUUUCACGACCAUUUGCUUCCAAAAGAUACAGUUUGAGGAACCAAACUACAACGCCAAGAGCAUUGUCAGCUCUGUCUGGUGGAUAUCUUGGCAAUGUCAAUGGAUCUAAGCCAGUCUUUUAUCAACCAAAGGAUAUUAUGGACAGAAAGUCAUCAAUGGGUGUCAGCAUCUGCAUUUAUGAUGUCUCAAAGCUUCUUAUGGUCUCUAAAGAACUUGCUGAAAAUUAUGUGAUAAUUCCGUCGAAUCUACCAAGCAUGUGUAAGAGGAACAAGGAGAUUGCUGAAGAAUUUGGACGACCAGAUUUGGUACAGACCUGGAGCAUUGCUGAGACAAUUGCGUUGGCACUGAAUAAUAGUGAUUUUGAGCUAUCGGACGAUGAGAUGUUUUCGAGUCCUAAUCCAUUUGCGAAGGCAUUUUUGGAGGCAUUAAUAAAUCACUACGCAAAGCAAGGAGACGUCCAAACAGCAGCAAUGCUUUGUGUAACUUUCGGUAAAUACUGUCAAGAGAUAUCAUCAAGAACUUCAUCAUUUUCAACCAAAUCAAAUACAAGUCAUUUACAUGCACAACGGUUACUCAAGCAAAGCGCAUCGCCAUACCACACAGUAACAGCAAUGGAUAUCAACUCUCAAAACUCAAUCAAAUACAAUGCCUGGGUACUAGCUCAACAUCUCAAAGGACAAACUAGAAGCAACUCGUGGUCAGACUCACUCGAUGACUUUAGAAUUAAUGAAAUUAAUCGAAGCAUUUUGGGUGAAAGCAACAGAAACUUUUACGACACAUUGAAGAAAACUUAUGCGGAUAUCCUUUAUUGUUUCAAUUUGCUACCAGCACGGGCUCAAGUGAUGAAAUUUGUGUCAUUUCCAGUUCAACAGCCGAGCACUGUUGAGUUUAUGUCUGAGUGUGUUCAGUGUAAGAAGACUUCGAGAGGUCCAUCAUGUCUGCAUUGUAAGAAGUUUCUGCUUUAUUGUGCAUUUUGUAAUUUACCGAUCAAAGGAUCAGCAAACAGUUGUCUUGCCUGCUGUCAUUCAUUUCAUACGGCUCAUCUUCUUGAAUGGUUUGAAAACCACGAUAUAUGUCCGGUACCUGAAUGUGGAUGCUGUUGCCCUGAAAAUUUUGCUAGCUCAUGAAUUUUUAUGUUUCUAUUAUAAACUUCAUGUUAUUGCAUGUUAAAAAAUAAAUUUAUUGAAAAAAAA